CCACUUCCUUAAGCGCAGUCGCCAUUAGCCUCCGUUGGGUCUUCCUCUUCAUCGUGAUUCCGAUUAAUCGGAGAUUUCAACUCAAACAAUCGGUCGAUCUCCUACUCUCAGCGGUUUCGAUAGCUAUGUUUAACCUAACUAGGAUCCUCCCUCGCCUACACUCGCUUUCCCUUAACCAUAGCACAACUGCCUCUGGCGCUCCGAGAAUCCUCCAAUCUCUCGGAAACCGAGCGUUUUCCGGGAAACCAGGCGACGAAAACGGCUGGGACAUCGCGACGGGAGGAUCGUUCUCCGGAGGAGGAGGAUCCGACGAUCUCGAUUGGGAUCACAAAUCGAUGUGGUCCACUGGUCUAAGCAAGGAGCAUUUCGACGGCGUCUCCGUUGGCCGUCAGAACAAUGCGAAUCCUCCUUCUUCUGAUAGUUCUUCGGGUGAUGUGAUGAGCAAGUUAGGUCCCAGAGAAGCCGCCAUGGUUAACGAGAUGAACGAGUACGAUGACAUGAUCAAGGAGAUCGAGAAAGAGAACAGGCACAGCAGAGGAUUCGUCGAUGGGAUCAAGCAGAAGAUGAUGGAGAUGAGUGUGCUUCUGAAGCAAGUCAAGGAGCCUGGUGCUAGAGGGUCUUAUCUCAAGGACUCUGAGAAGACUGAGAUGUACAGGUUGCACAAAGAGAAUCCCGAGGUUUAUACCGUUGAGAGGCUUGCUAAGGAUUUUAGGAUCAUGAGGCAGCGUGUUCACGCCAUUCUUUUUCUUAAAGAGGAUGAGGAAGAGGAGGAGAGGAAGCUUGGUCGUCCUCUGGAUGAUUCCGUUGAGCGUUUGCUUGAUGAGUACCCUGAGUUCUUUGUUUCGCAUGACCGGGAGUUUCAUGUGGCCUCGCUCAGUUACAAGCCUGACUUCAAGGUCAUGCCAGAAGGAUGGGAUGGUACGAUUAAAGAUAUGGAUGAAGUCCAUUAUGAGAUCUCUAAGAAAGAGGAUGACAUUCUUUACGAAGAGUUUCUCCGGAGGUUUGAGUUCAACAAACUGAAAUGGAAAGGAGAAGUGAAGUGCCACAAGUACAGCAGAAGACGUUCAUCAGAUGGUUGGAAAAUCACGGUUGAGAAAUUGGGUCCUCAGGGCAAACGUGGAAAUGGAGGUGGCUGGAAGUUUGUGAGUCUUCCCGAUGGAUCGAGCCGGCCUCUCAACGAGGUGGAGAAGAUGUAUGUUAAGCGUGAAGCCCCACGUCGCCGCCGUAAGAUUCUUCCUUGAAUUUGCUAGAACCAGACUCCAUCAACGGUAAUGGGAUUGUUAUGUCUCCCUUGGGGAGUGUGUCAAAGUUGAAAGUUGAAACUAGUAUGCUUUGUUUGAUCUUUUUGUUGAAUAGUAUGAUGGGUAGCUUUUUUUUUUUAGCUCUUGCUUUUAUCAGUGGCCCAAUGGUUCAAAUAAUCUUAAGACCCAAACAUUUCAGAUCUCUGAGGUUCAAUUAAUUGACCUUAAACAUUUUAGAAAAA